UAUAAGAUAUACGUUCCGCAAAACGUCUCGUAUGUUUUUCACGUAGUUUCCCUUCGCUCAACGAAGAGUGUGACGUGUAGAGCGUUGAACGCUAAGUUUCUUGACGUUUGUGUAGUUUUUAAAGUGAAUAAUGUGAUUGUGUAGUUCGUUAUGGCCUAUAAAUACCGUGAAGAUCUAGUUGGCAAACGAUUCCUCGCUGUGAGUGGUGUGACAAAAAUUAACGUGAAUAAAGUUUCCGAAUGGGGAUGGAAAGCUGGUGUUAUCAGGGCAGCAUCGCUCAAAGAUAACAAGAAUAAGGAGCUCCAGGUGUUAGUGGAAUAUGAUGGUGUUGAUUGGCAGCGGCGCGAGUGGGUGGCAGUUUACUCGCGUAGGACCUUUCGAGUGUUUUUAGUGGAAAGAACUCUUGUUUGGACACCUAGAGUGGUUGAAGGCAGAGAAGUAAAAUGGCCUGCUUUGACAUUCACGCCACUGUCAGCUGACCUGACACUGCAGACAGACUCGCAGCCAGUGGAAUACCUUCAUGAUCAGCAACUACAAUUUCUCGAUUACGCCAACCUCCAACCUUAUCAGGAAUGGGAUCCGUACCUGGCCGGGUCGGAGAGCGGCGUGGAUGCGAUGACACUAACCGCACUGUCGACGGAGGCGUCCGCGUGGCGCACCAUGCAGGACGGGCAGCGCAUCCUGACCACAACGCCCUCGGUGCUGGGCGGGUGUCGCGCGCAGGUGUACCGGGUGGCCGGCGCCACGCAGUGGUACACGGCUGUUAUUGUCGGCGUCAAUGAACAUACAGGGGAGCUGACGGUGACCGACGACACAGUCCUGGAGGAGCACAGCGAGGACCCGUCGUUGGUUCAGAUGAGACUGCUCGGCGACGGAGUAAUCGAAUCGAUAAUGCGUGGCGAGGUGGUGGGCGUGAUGCCGAGGAGGUCCCGCUCCAACCUACAAGUGAGUUAACAGUCAUAUCCUACUCCUUUAUAACAGGAAAUUACAUGAAAUAUUUGGUUUAUAGACUACAUUGUUUAGGAGUGCUUUGAAAAUCCUUUCUCGGAAUAGUAAUCCCAAUAGACCGAGCAUUCUUUUUAGAAAAAAAGUAGCCUAUAUGUUAAUUUAGUACAUUGUCUAUCUGUAUAC